AUGCUUCAUAGUGGUAACUUAAAGCAAGUGCUCCGCCGAUCAUUAGAACCAAUUAAAACCCCUGUUUCAACAUACCAAAUUCAGUCUGCUGUCCUUCUAUCGGCAAAAACAGGGUCCAUAGUCUCGUUUGCAGGGAAUGAUUCUAACAAAACUUCGAAUAAAGAGAAUCUCAACCACUUAAAGAUGAUGGCCUUGCUCAUUAGGGAAAAAUGGGCAGAAGAUGAACAAGAUCCAUCAGCACAGGCGACCAAAAGCUGCUAUCCUACAACCAUACCGACUUCUUCUGAAAAGCAAGAUGGUGCAGUUCAAUCGUAUACAUCUCGCAUCUAUACAUGCGGUCUUGAAGACCUCCAUACGUGUGUCGCUCAAAUUCCAGGUUCCGACCUCUUGUUACUCUUUAUCGGUGACUCGGCAUUUCCUCAUGGGUUACUCGUUAUGAAAAUGAAAAAUACCCUUGGUGCAUUCAAGGAUGUUUAUGGCUAUAAACUGGACUAG